ACGUCCAUGGCAACACUGAGAAUGACUUCCUUAUUUUCACCAGACACCCUCCUAUGAGAGGACCCACGUCGGACGGUCUGAACGCUGUCUCCCCCCCAGGCCAGCAUGGCAGGGUUCAAGCGAGGGUACGACGGGAAGAUUGCGGGCUUGUACGACCUGGAUAAGACCCUGGGCCGGGGCCAUUUCGCGGUGGUCAAGCUCGCCAGGCACGUCUUCACGGGCGAGAAGGUGGCCGUGAAAGUUAUCGACAAGACCAAACUGGACACGCUGGCCACUGGCCACCUUUUCCAGGAAGUGAGGUGCAUGAAGCUGGUGCAGCACCCCAACAUCGUGCGCCUCUACGAGGUGAUCGACACCCAGACCAAGCUGUACCUCAUUCUGGAACUCGGGGACGGAGGGGACAUGUUCGACUACAUCAUGAAGCACGAGGAGGGGCUCAAUGAGGACCUGGCCAAGAAGUACUUCGCGCAGAUAGUCCACGCCAUCUCCUACUGCCAUAAGCUCCACGUGGUCCACAGAGACUUGAAGCCGGAGAACGUGGUCUUCUUUGAGAAGCAGGGCCUCGUGAAGCUGACGGACUUCGGUUUCAGCAACAAGUUCCAGCCGGGCAAGAAGCUCACCACCAGCUGCGGGUCCCUGGCCUACUCCGCUCCGGAGAUCCUGCUCGGCGACGAGUACGACGCGCCCGCAGUAGAUAUAUGGAGCCUGGGGGUGAUCCUGUUCAUGCUGGUGUGCGGGCAGCCGCCCUUCCAGGAGGCCAACGACAGCGAGACGCUGACGAUGAUCAUGGACUGCAAGUACACGGUCCCGGCUCACGUGUCCAAAGAGUGUAAAGACCUGAUCACCCGGAUGCUGCAGCGAGACCCCAAGAGGAGGGCCUCCUUGGAGGAGAUCGAAAACCACCCGUGGCUUCAGGGAGUGGACCCGUCGCCCGCCACCAAGUACAACAUCCCCCUGGUGUCGUACAAGAACCUCUCGGAGGAGGAGCACAACAGCAUCAUCCAGCGCAUGGUGCUCGGGGACAUAGCCGACCGGGACGCCAUCGUCGAAGCCCUGGAGACCAACCGGUACAACCACAUCACGGCCACGUACUUCCUGCUCGCCGAGAGGAUCCUGAGGGAGAAGCAGGAGAAAGAGAUACAGACCCGGUCCGCCAGCCCCAGCAACAUCAAGGCCCAGUUUAGGCAGUCGUGGCCCACCAAGAUCGACGUGCCCCAGGACCUGGAGGACGACCUCACGGCCACGCCGCUGUCCCACGCGACUGUCCCUCAGUCGCCCGCUCGGGCCGCCGACAACGUCCUCAACGGCCACCGGAGCAAAGGCCUGUGUGACCCGGCGAAGAAGGACGACCUGCCCGAGCUGGCCGGGCCGGCCCUGGCCGCGGCGCCGCCGGCCAGCCUGAAACCCGCGGCCAGCGGGCGGAAGUGCCUGUUCCGGGUGGAAGAGGACGAAGAGGAAGACGAGGAGGACAAGAAGCCCGUGUCCCUCUCCACGCAGGUGGUGCUGCGCCGCAAGCCCUCGGUGACCAACCGCCUGACGUCGAGGAAGAGCGCGCCGGUCCUGAACCAGAUCUUCGAGGAGGGCGAGUCGGACGACGAGUUCGACAUGGAUGAGAACCUGCCGCCCAAGCUGAGCAGGUUGAAGAUGAACAUCGCGUCCCCGGGGACGGUGCACAAGCGCUACCACCGCAGGAAAAGCCAGGGCCGCGGCUCCAGCUGCAGCAGCUCGGAGACCAGCGACGACGACUCGGAGAGCCGCCGGCGGCUCGACAAGGACAGCGGCUUCCCCUACUCCUGGCACCGCCGGGACAGCAGCGAGGGGCCGCCGGGCAGUGAGGGCGACGGCGGCGGCCAGAGCAAGCCGAGCCCCGGCAGCGGCGGCGCGGACAGGGCCAGCCCCGGCGAGGGCGGCGCGGGCGGGGGCGGCGCGUCGGGAGGCUCAGGCGGCGCCCCGGGCGGCACGUCGGGCAGCGCACGCCGCUGCGCCGGCCCCGCCAACUCCAGCGCCACGCAGCUGGCAGCCCGCAGCGCCGGGGAGCUGGUGCAGAGCCUCAAACUCAUGGGCCUGUGCCUGGGCUCCCAGCUGCACGGGGGCGCCAAGUACAUUAUCGACCCGCAGCACGGCCUGACCUUCUCCAGCGUCAAGGUGCAGGAGAAGUCCUCGUGGAAGAUGUGCAUCAGCUCUGCCGGGAACGCGGGCCAGGCGCCGGCGGUGGGCGGCAUCAAGUUUUUCUCCGACCACGUGGCGGCCAGCACGGCCGAGCUAGAACGGAUAAAGAGCCAGAACCUGAAAAAUAACGUGCUCCAGCUACCUCUGUGCGAAAAGACCAUCUCUGUGAACAUCCAGCGGAACCCUAAGGAGGGGCUGCUGUGCGCCUCCAGCCAGGCCAGCUGCUGCCACGUCAUCUGACCGCGGGGCGGCCGCCGGACGCUUCCUGCCGGGAGCGGCGAGGACCCCCCUUCGCUGCGUCCUUCCCGGCCGUGCUGUUCUGCAGUGGGCAGUUAUUUAUUACUUUCCCAUUUGUUCGCCUGGCGCCGUGACAAUGCAUGGUCUUUGUGCAUGCUGCUGCUGGACACCACCUUCCCUCUCCAGCCCAACAGUCUGCUGUGUCAUUUUUACAUUCAUGGUUUUAAUGUGGGUGACCAGGAGUCAAAAUUAAAAUGUAUAUUUGGAACCCAAUGUCAGUGGAGCACUUAGAAAUUUCACGUUCCGCACUUAACCUAGAGAGAGGAGAAAAGGCUUUUGUUUCCUUGUUGAAAAAUCUAAAUUCCUGUCCUGACCUUCCGGUGAUACGGAAACUCUGUGCUCUGAGGCACACUCUGGUGUCCGAGACAGAACCAAAGCAAUAACGGUGU